UGACAGUUACAAGCACUUUGCACAGAGACAUGGCUGUACGUAUCUUUGAGGGUAAAGAUCACGCAGCUGCUUACCUGCAGUACAGAGUGGCACCCCUGGAAUUGAUAAGUUGGAUUAUGGGCUACAUGGAGAAAAAAACAACAAACCAGUUCAACCUUGCAGUGGAUGUGGGCUGUGGUUUGGGCCAAGGGACAGUCCUACUGGCUCCAUACUUCACCAACGUUGUUGGAACAGAUAUCAGCCCCGCUCAGCUGGAGAUGGCUAAGGCCCAGAGCAACCCUCCAAAUGUAUCAUACAGGGAGUGUCCAGCAGAGGAGUUAUCGUUCGCGUCAGGUGAGGUCGAUCUUCUGUUGGCCAUGACGGCUGCUCACUGGUUCAACCACCAGAAGUUUCUCCUGGAAGCUGACAGGGUGCUGAGGCCUGGAGGCUGCCUGGCUCUCCUGAGCUACACGAUGGACUUUGAGCUGGAGUAUGGGGAUAUCUCCGACAAGCUCAAUGACAUCUGUAAAGAGUUUUAUGCUGCCCUAUUACUGUUAGGUGAUCCCCAUAUAGGAACAAACUCUGUGAAGAUCUACUCAGACAUGUUUGAGUCCUGCUCUUAUCCGGACAAGGAGUGGGUUGAGUGUCUGAGGGUAAAAAGGACUAUGCCACUGAACAGGUACAUUGGCAUGGUGGAGACCUUCUCCAGCUGUCAGAAGUUGCUGCGAAAGGACCCCACUGAGGCUAAACGUCUUUCUAAUGAUAUCAGGAAUAAGUUGUUGUCUGCCAUGCAGACAUCUUCUGAUCCAGAAGUGACAGUGGUUGUCAAGUAUUUCUAUUGGCUGGCACGCGAACCUUGAUCACUCUGACUGGCUGAAUCCUGUGCACCAGAUCCCAAAACCACAGCUGUAGGUUUGAUCAGAAGUGACACAGACCUGAGAGGCCAGGUGCAUACAAAUCUAUUGGUGCUACUCCUCCUACUGUAUGUUAAGAAUCUCGUACUCGUACUUGAUGUCCUCCGCUUAUCCGGGUCCGGGUCGCGGGGGCAGCAGCCUCAGCAAAGAAGCCCAGACAGUCCUCUC